GGGACAUUGCUGAGGGGACACUGCUGAGGGGACACCGCUGAGGGACAUUGCUGAGGGGACAGUGCUGAGGGACAUUGCUGAGGGGACAGUGCUGAGGGGACACUGCUGAGGGGACACUGCUGAGGGGACAUUGCUGAGGGGACACCGCUGAGGGACAUUGCUGAGGGGACAGUGCUGAGGGGACACUGCUGAGGGGACAGUGCUGAGGGGACAUUGCUGAGGGACAUUGCUGAGGGGACACUGCUGAGGAACAUUGCUGAGGGGACAGUGCUGAGGGACAUUGCUGAGGAACAUUGCUGCAGAGUUGUGCGGACACCCAUUGCAGAGGGCCUGAAGGACGAGGUGUUCACAGCCUCCUCUGAGGACGGUCUGCUCAGCCGCUCGGUGGUUGGCAGCGUGACUGUGAGCACCACGGGAAACACCAUCGAGGAAGGCGCGAAGUGGAGCUGCUAAUUUCUGUCUCCCGAUAUGGAAGAAGGUACUAGCCCACUCUCUGAGGAGGACCUUGUGGACAACGCCCCUGCAGUGGAUGAUGAAAGAGUUGAAUUAGAGGAUCCAGAAUUUGGGUUAGAAUCGAUUCCUCAGGGAGUUGAGGACACCUCGGACCUAGGAUGCUGUUGUUCAAUGCAAGGACAGAAACAGAGUGGUAAGAAAAUGAAGAAGACAACUGCUAACGACAAAGUCCAGGCAUUUCAUCUUCGGAAGAGCUUGAACUUCCUGGACAAACUGCAUGAGGAGAAGGACCUUUUUAUUCAGAAGACCAGAGAGGAGCUGCGUGUCUGUCACCAAAGGAUGGACUUCCUCAGCAAACAGCAGGAGAGUUUAGCAGCCGAGAUCUCCACGGAGAGAGAAGCCAACAACAUGGCAGCUGUUGGACGACUUCAGGCUGCAUCCAGACGCCUGCACACAGAACUGGAGAAUGAGAGAGGCCUGAAGUCAAAACUCACAGCCAUGCUGAAAGAAAUCGAGAAUGCCAUGUGGCACAUUGAGCUCCAGAAGGGGCAAUUUGAGGAUGUCCGGAAGCAAAAUGAAGAAGAGGCAGAAACUAGGCAGAGGUGCCUGGAGGUACACACAGCUCAGCAGCUUCAUAAGGAGAAGGAAGCCAUGGGGAAGGCGGAGAGGAACCGUUUGCUGAGGGCCCGGAAGUCCUUGCAUGUACAGAGGGAGCUGGGCCUGAGACACCAGAAGCUGGUGGAAGAUGCCCAGAGAAACCACAAGGUUGCAGUGAAGUUCCUGAAGGCCUCCCUUGGAAGAAUUCGGGAGCAAGAGCAGAAGGAGGCGAUGGAAUCCCAUGAGCACAUGAAGCGGCGGAUGGAAGCUGUGCUGGCACUGAAGAACAGCAUCACGGCCAGUCGGGAAACACUGAAGAAGUUUCAAGCCUGGGGCCAAGCUAGGGCAGAGAUCACUGAACAGAAGGCCCUUGCAGAGAAAGAACUAAUCCUGGCCCAAGGUGGGGAUGCAUUCAAGCACUUUGUCCAUCAACGCAGACGCCAGGAGCUGGAGGCCCAGAGACGGGCCUUUGAAGAGGAGCAGAAGCUCCGGAAGCAAGAGAUCAUAAGUCGGAUUUUAAAAGAGGAAGCUGAGGAAGAAAAUCGGAAGAAGAGACAGCAUCAUCCCUCUAAAAGCGCAGACCAGUGGACUCUGAGAGACAAGACCUGGAGCUACAUCUCUGACUUCUGUGAAGGGAAGACGGCCCCCUCCAUGACUACCAAUUACCUACUGGAGAGUGAGGUGGCAGUACAUUCCAACCCUUCCUGUCUGCUGAAAGCCGUAUCCAGUGAGUCCAUGCAGGUGGACCUGGGAGCCAUUAAUGCAGAGGAGGACAUACUGGCUGAGCCAGAGAUCCCAGGGCUUUGGAGCGAAGAGUACAAGCCAUACCAGGUGCCCAAGGAGGACACAGACCAAAAACCUGUGGGCAGAACCAAGAUGGACAGAGACAUUCCGGCUUGCACUAUGGAGCGGCUGCAAAGUGCGGUGGUCCACAAGCAGGUGGUGUCUGGGCGUGAGUUCAAGGGCCGCCCCUUUAACAGCAGGCCUGAGGUCAUUUACUUCAAGGACUUUGAUAUUGGCAAAGUGUACAAGAAGAAGAUUACGUUGAUAAAUGCCACCUAUACAAUCAACUAUUGCAAACUGGUGGGAGUGGAGGAAAACCUGAAGGACUUCAUCCACAUUGACUUUGACCCCCCAGGUCCCAUGUCAGCUGGGAUGUCCUGUGAAGUGCUGGUCACCUUCAAGCCCAUGAUAAAUAAAGAUCUGGAAGGAAAUGUCUCAUUUUUGGCUCAGACGGGUGGAUUUUCUGUUCCAUUGAAAUGUUCAACGAAGAAAUGCUCUCUGUCCCUUGACAAGGAGCUCAUUGACUUCGGCAGCUAUGUGGUGGGUGAGACCACAUCCCGGACCAUCACUCUGACCAAUGUUGGGGGCCUGGGCACCAAGUUCAAGUUUCUCCUGGAUUCUGAGUUCUAUGAGAUGAAUGAGUCCCAGCCUGUUGCUAAAAGAAGCAGCCUCUUCGCCUAUGAGGAGAAAAGUGUCUACGACAAGCUCCUCACCAAUCUCUCUGAACAACAGCUUGACAGCAAUGGGUCCUCACCGCUGGACAUCCAGAACCGAAAGGAGUCCAAGAAACUGGAUGAAGGAGACGUUACAACCGUGGCCAGUGUUACAACCAUGGUUCCCAGCGAGGAGCAGGCAGAGAUCACCCUGGGCGAGGUUACAGAGGGGGACAUUGGUCCCUUCAGUUCCAUCAAAGUGCCCAUCAUCUUUGCCCCAGUUAUCCCAGGAGAGGUCCAGACCAAGUUCAAGGUCAUGUUUAAGAAUUCCCAGUGCCCAACAUUGUAUUUCAGAGCUGUUGGCAUUGCCAUUGACGUCCCAGUCUGGGUGCCAAGGACCACUGUGGACCUAAAGAUCUGCACCUAUGACCGGCUCUAUCAGGAUUCCAUCACUGUCCGCACACGAUCAAAGGCAGCCCUGCGUCUGAAGUUUGAGGUCUGCAAGGAGCUGAGAGGUCACAUAGAGCUUCUACCAGAAACAGGCUACAUCCAGGCCCUGUCCUCCUACUCAGUCCAGCUCAAGUUCCUGCCUCGACACUCCCUUCCAGAAGAUGCAAGGAAGUAUUUUAACAAGGACAGCGGAGUUCUGGAGGCUCCAAUGACAAUCUGGGUGGCUGACCAGAUCAAACCAGUGGGGUUCACCGUCCAAGCCACUGUCACCACCUCAGACCUAGAAAUCAGCCCCUCAGAAAUAGACUUUGGCUACUGCACCAUCUACGAGGCCAUUAGGACAGAGAUCAGCCUCAGCAACCUCUCACUGUUGCCCCAGGAGUUUGGGUUCGUUGGACUUCCCAAGUUUGUGGACAUCCAGCCCAACGAUGGGUUUGGGACAAUCUUGCCACUGGAAACUUUGCAAUUUGACGUGAUCUUCCAGCCCACUAAGGCCAAGGAAUACAGAUUUGAACUGAUCUGCAAAUCAGAGAUAAACCGGUGCUUCAAGGUGUCUUGCCAAGCUGUGGGUGUUCACCCACCCCUGGAGCUGUCCCACUACCAGAUCAAGUUUGCAGCCACUGCAUUGUAUGGCACCUCUGUGUCCACACUAUAUGUCAUCAACUCUCACCUGAGCAUGAACAAGCUGACCCACUCCCUGCCCCGCAUCGGCUCAGAGGACGCCAGCCCAGUGGGACCAACAUCCUUUGAGUUCUUGAUGCCCCCCAACUCACCCAUCACCAUCUCACCCUCAGUGGGGACCGUGUUGCCAGGAAAGAGGUGCUUGGUCCAGGUGGCCUUCCAGCCUGUACUGCCACAUGAGAUAAUCCUGGAGGAAGCCAUCCAGCUCCUAAACAAGGAGACCAAAUCGUUUCGAAAGGAAACAGCCCAAAGGAAAGAAAUAUGGAAACAGUCCUUGUCUGUGGUUCGGGUACACAACCGGGACCAACCGACCCAUGUCUCCACUACCCACAGUCCAGAGCUGCAGAGGCAGGAGCUGAGUGCCAGUUCCAACCAGUAUCAGGCUGCCCAAGCCACCUUGGCCAGAGCUUUCCAGGGAAAGUUUGACAAGUUUGUGAUCCCCUGUGUCAUUGCCAGAGGUGACAUCAAAGACAGAAAGGCAACGGAACCUCUGAGCUUCAGCCCCCAUAACACCCUGUAUCUGGAGCUAUGGUGUCCAGCAGUGGCUCCAUCUAUUGUGGUGACAUCCAACAAAGGCAAGACUGUCUUUAACUUUGGUGAUAUCGCUGUGGGACAUCGAAGCAUAAAGAAGAUCUCCCUCCAGAACAUCUCCUCCGAGGACCUUUUUAUGGAGUUCUCAGUACUGAACCCCAGUGGCCCUUUUGUCUUACUAAACCCCUCCAGAAAGCUCUGCUCUGGGGAGACGCAGGUCCUGGUGCUGUCCUUCGCACCCCACGAGAGCAUCCUGGCUCAAGAAACACUGGAUAUCAUAACCAAGCGAGGCACCCUCACCCUCACCCUCACUGGCACCGGUGUGGCAUCCAUGAUUACAUGCUCCAUUCAAGGCAACGUACUCAACAUGGGCUACGUGCUUGCCAGAGAGUCUGUCUCUGUAAAUUUCAAGCUGUACAAUGAAUCUUCGCUUCCCGUUAAGUUCUGGAUGCAGCUGGAGAGCCUCUCCGCCAAAAGGGCCGAGGCCCAGCAACAGGUGCCACGGUUCCUCACCUCCCCUGAGCAGAGGACUGAAGUUGUGGGAACACAGAACUACAACGGCCAGAGUGUAUUCAGUGUUGUCCCAGUCGAGGGCUUCAUGUUCCCUGGGAAGGCUCAAGAAUUUACCGUGACCUUCAGCCCAGACCAUGAGAGCCUCUUCUUCUCUGACCAGCUCCAAGUGGUGCUCUUUGAAAAGAAACUCUCCCACCAGAUCCUCCUGAAGGGUGCUGCCCGAGAGCACAUGAUGUUUGUGGAGGGAGGAGACCCACUGGAUGUGCCUGUGGAGUCCCUGACUGUGAUUCCUGCCUUUGACCCAGAGCACAAAGAAGAAGCUGAGAAGCUGAAACCCAUCUUGGUGACCUUAAACUACAUCCAGUUUGACACAGACAUGCCAAACAUACCUGCCACCCGAGAGCUGCAGGUGGGCUGUAUCCGAACCACCCAGCCAUCGCCCAGGAAGACUGUAGAAUUCAGCAUGGACGGUAUCACAUGGCUGCAGCACAAGGGCUUCUCCAUUGAGCCCUCCAGGGGCUCUGUGGAUCGUGGCCAGACCAAGACCAUCAACAUCUCCUGGGUGCCACCUGCCGACUUUGAUCCAGACCACCCAUUCAUGGUGUCAGCCCUGCUGCAGCUCAGGGGGGACAUAAAGGAAACCUACAAGGUCAUCUUCGUAGCCCAUGUGGUGGCUGGCCUUUGAGGCUACAGGAGCCUCUAUGCAAAGCCCCUUGGACUCUCCCACCUACCCUUGAAGCCUUCCACCAAGCUGUGAGCCAACCCAUUCCUCCAGGCCUGAGACCUGGGCAUCCCCUACUGAGCAGGUUCAAAUAGCCCCAGAGCCAGAACUCCCCAGCUCCACAGACAUGGCUACUUCCUGAUGUCCUAAACCCAGCCAGCUCAAAGUCUGAGAACAGCCCACACUAAGAACUACUGACUACUGAUGCGACCAGUUCAACACACAGCCUGCUCCUCACCCUACCCCCAGAGAUUCCAGACCUACCCAGCAUCCCUCCAGGCUUUAGAAAUCCAGGGAGUACCACACCCUACAGACUUGUCAAUAAACUUUGA